UGUUCGUUUCUGGUUUGACAGCUACGACUGGCUACGACGCUCCGAAAAAUAUUGAAAAUGAAUUUAUUUUAAUUACGACAAUUAACAUACAUAUCAAUUUUACAAAGUUCUUGGAAAUUUAAGGCAAAAAUUGCCUGUGUCUAUUUAAAUAAUUUCCCUUAAUUAUUUAAUCCAUUAAAAUGGGGGGAGGAGAUUUGAAUUUGAAAAAAUCAUGGCAUCCAUCGACGAUGAAAAAUAUGGAAAAAGUAUGGAAAGCCGAGCAAAUGAGUAAUCAAGAGAAAAAGAGAAUAGCCGAAUUGAAACGUGAAAUUGAAAUGGAAAAAGAUCGCGAGGAAUUGACAAAAUUUGCCAUGGAUCAUGGGACUAUUGAAAAGAAAGAUGACAAAAAAUUAGAUUGGAUGUAUAAGAAGCCAAAUCAAACGAUUGAUCGUGAAGAAUAUUUAUUGGGAAAACAAAUUGAUCAGAAUUUCGAGAAAAUUGUGCAGGCUGAGAAAGAUGCAGCUUUAAAUAGAGCUCCAAAAAAUCACGUCGAACAUGAGUGUAUACCGCCAUCUCUGCGAUAUUUUUCGGGAACCGAACAAGUGGACCUUGCAAGAAAACAACAAGAAGAUCCUUUAUUUCUAAUCAAGAAAAAAGAAAUGGAAACUCGUUCGCAAUUAUUGAAAAAUCCCGUCAAAAUGAAACAAAUCAAACAAUUGUUGGAGGCGGAAACAAAAAAGAAGAAGGAGAAAAAAUCGAAGAAAUCUAAAAGGCAAAGAAGUGAUUCCGAAUCGGACAGUGACAAAGAAUUGGAUAAUUUACUAGCUGAAAAGUACAAAAAAUUAAAGGAUAAAAUAUCAGAGGAAGAUUUAAUGAAAUCUGUAAAAAAGAGGAAAAAGUACGAAAGAAGACAGAAACGAAAAGAUUCAUCCAGUGAUUCAGAUUCUGAUUCCGAUUCAGAUUCUGAUUCUGAUACAGAUUCAGAGAAUGACUCAAAUAAACGCUCGAAGAAAAAAGAGAAAAGAUUAAAAAAACCCAAAGACUCAGAUACGGAAACUAGUGACAGUGAAUCGAGAAAAUCACGCGGAAAGAAGAAAAAAAUCGAGAGAAGAGGGAAAAAUAGGAAAAAUUCCGAUUCUGACAGUUCAGAAAGAUCGUCGUCAAGAAAAGAGAGAAGGAAAAAGCAAAGAAAAACAAAAAAACAAAGAGAUUCAGAUUCUUCUGUCAAUUCAGAAAUUUCGAAAAGAAAAGAGAUGAAAAGAUUACAAAGAAAAAUGAAAAAACGAGAUUCAGAUGAAAGUUCCGAAUCGGAAAGAAAGGAGAGAAAGAAAUUCGAUCGAAGAAAGAAAAAAUCACGAGAUUCAAGUUCUGACGAUAGUUCGGAAAGUGAGACAGAGAGAAAAUCGCGGAGAAAAGAGAAGAAAAUGGAUAGAAGGAAAAAACGAGACGAGAGUAGCGAUUCAGAAAGUAGAAGUAGAAAACACAAGAGAACGAAAAGACGAGAAAAUAGUGAUUCGGAGAAGGAGAAAAAAAGUAAGAAACGAAGAGACGAAAUUAUCGAUUCAUCAAAGAAACACAAGAAACGAAAUUCAAACGAAUCGGAAGAAUUUGAAUCUUCAAAAUUGAGAAAAAACAAUUCCAGCGAUUCUGAAUGUGAUCGAAGGAAUAAAAAACACAAAAUAGAAAAACAUGAGUCUGACAGUGAUUAUGAUAAAAGAUACAAUCAAAAAUUGAAUAAUGGGAGAUCAAAUUUCGGAUUAAUGAAAGCGGAUGGAACCAAAAUGGCUAUAAAUCCACGAAGUUAUUCACCUCAGAGAAUGAGAACGACGAAAAAUGAAGAGAAAAAUGAGAAACGAUGGAUUCCGCCGAAACGGCAAAAACUCACCGAAGAAGAAAAAGAGAAACGUCGUCUCGAAAUGAUGGAGAAUGCGACGUGGCGCGAAAAAGAUCGCGAGGAAAAAAUACGCCGACAAAUGGAGGAAUUGAAACACGAGGAGGAAAAUAAGAAAUCGUAUAGCAAAGAUUUUGUCAGAAAACAAUUGGCCGCGGCUGUUGAAUUAGGAACAUUGGAGUCUCGAGUGAAAUCGAGAAAAAAUACAAUUCAACGUUCAAGUCACGAUAUGAGUAAAAAUUUUGCUCGUCGGUAACGAUUUUAAAUAUAAUAAUUAUAUAUAAGAAAAAAAUUUCAAUGUAAAUAUAAAUUAAUUUUACAUUCAAUUGAAAGCGAUUACUUUAUAUUCUCGAAUGGAAAAAAUAAAUUUCGUUUUCAUUCAAAAAUCAAUGUUUUUGGCAACAAAAAACUGUCAGAAAGUGAAAAAUAGUUUUAAAAAAAUGUGUUCUAGUUAUUAAUACUUAAUAGUAUAAUUAAUAAAAUUAUUGAUAA